AAAUUAGUGGAAAAAUACACAAAAUAUUGUGAUUUAUUUGGUCUACAAAGGAUUCCAAACAAAAAUCCUUCAAGAUGAUGUACGACAACGAUGACCAAAUGUAUGAGGAGGAGAAUGCCGAGGAAAUUUCUCAUGAAUUGUGGCAGGAAGCUUGUUGGAUUGUCAUCAACGCCUAUUUCGAUGAGAAAGGUCUUGUGCGUCAGCAAUUGGACAGUUUCGAUGAAUUUAUUCAGAUGUCCGUACAACGCAUUGUCGAAGACUCCCCGGCUAUUGAUUUGCAAGCAGAAGCCCAGCAUACCUCGGGAGAAAUUGAGACACCGCCACGUUUCCUUUUGAAAUUCGAACAAAUUUACUUAUCGAAACCAACACAUUGGGAAAAAGAUGGUUCACCCAGUCCUAUGAUGCCUAAUGAAGCACGUUUGCGUAACUUGACAUAUUCCGCACCUCUCUACGUUGAUAUUACUAAAUCGAAAAUUGUUGAGGGUCAAGCCCCCGUCGAGACACAACAUCAAAAGACCUUCAUUGGCAAAAUUCCCAUUAUGUUGCGUUCCACAUACUGUUUGCUAUCACAAUUAACAGAUCGUGAUUUAACAGAAUUAAAUGAAUGUCCAUUGGAUCCUGGCGGCUACUUCAUUAUCAACGGUUCCGAAAAGGUCCUUAUUGCCCAGGAGAAAAUGGCAACCAACACUGUGUAUGUUUUCAGCAUGAAAGAUGGCAAAUAUGCCUAUAAGGCUGAAAUUCGUUCAUGUUUGGAACACAGUUCACGUCCCACAUCCACUUUGUGGGUUAACAUGAUGGCCAGAGGUUCACAGAAUAUCAAAAAGUCAGCUAUUGGUCAACGUAUUAUUGCCAUUUUGCCAUAUAUUAAACAAGAAAUUCCAAUUAUGAUUGUUUUCCGUGCAUUGGGUUUUGUGGCUGAUCGUGAUAUUUUGGAACACAUUAUUUAUGAUUUUGAUGAUCCCGAAAUGAUGGAAAUGGUAAAACCUUCAUUGGAUGAGGCUUUCGUAGUGCAAGAACAAAAUGUUGCAUUGAAUUUCAUUGGUACCAGAGGUGCACGUCCUGGUGUGACCAAGGAUAAACGUAUCAAAUACGCCAAGGAAAUUUUACAAAAGGAAAUGUUGCCACAUGUGGGUGUUUCAGACUUCUGUGAAACAAAGAAGGCCUACUUUUUGGGUUAUAUGGUACAUCGUCUGCUACUGGCCUCUUUGGGUCGUCGUGAAUUGGACGAUCGUGAUCACUACGGUAACAAACGUUUGGAUUUGGCUGGUCCCCUUAUGGCCUUCCUGUUCCGUGGUCUAUUCAAAAAUCUGUUGAAAGAAGUUCGCAUGUACACACAGAAGUUUAUUGAUCGUGGAAAGGACUUCAAUUUGGAAUUGGCCAUUAAGACAAAUAUCAUCACUGACGGUUUACGUUACUCCUUGGCCACAGGUAAUUGGGGUGAUCAAAAGAAGGCCCAUCAGGCUCGUGCUGGUGUAUCUCAGGUAUUGAACCGUUUGACUUUCGCCUCAACAUUGUCACAUUUACGUCGUGUCAAUUCGCCCAUUGGUCGUGAUGGUAAAUUGGCCAAACCUCGUCAAUUGCACAACACAUUGUGGGGUAUGUUAUGCCCUGCCGAAACACCUGAGGGAGCUGCUGUCGGUCUUGUAAAGAAUUUGGCGCUUAUGGCCUACAUUUCUGUAGGAUCCCAACCCUCACCAAUUUUGGAGUUCUUGGAAGAAUGGUCCAUGGAAAAUCUUGAAGAAAUUGCCCCCUCAGCCAUUGCGGAUGCUACCAAAAUCUUUGUCAAUGGUUGUUGGGUGGGUAUACAUCGUGACCCCGAACAGUUGAUGGCCACUUUACGUAAACUGCGCAGACAAAUGGAUAUUAUUGUCUCAGAGGUGUCGAUGAUUCGUGAUAUCCGUGAUCGUGAAAUUCGUAUUUACACUGAUGCCGGUCGUAUUUGUCGCCCAUUGUUGAUUGUCGAAAACGGAGCACUGCUCUUGAAAAAGACCCACGUUGAAAUGUUAAAGGAACGUGAUUACAAUAACUACAGCUGGCAAGUGUUGGUGGCCUCUGGUGUAGUGGAAUAUAUUGACACCCUGGAAGAGGAAACUGUUAUGAUUGCCAUGUCUCCAUACGAUUUGAAACAAAACAAAGAUUAUGCCUAUUGUACCACCUAUACACAUUGUGAAAUUCAUCCAGCUAUGAUAUUGGGUGUGUGCGCAUCUAUUAUACCCUUCCCUGAUCACAACCAGUCUCCCCGUAACACCUAUCAAAGUGCUAUGGGUAAACAAGCUAUGGGUGUUUACAUUACCAACUUCCACGUUCGGAUGGACACACUGGCCCAUGUACUGUACUAUCCGAUGAAACCUUUGGUUACCACCCGUUCCAUGGAAUAUUUGCGGUUCAGAGAACUGCCAGCCGGCAUCAAUUCCAUUGUAGCCAUUCUCUGUUAUACCGGUUACAACCAGGAAGAUUCUGUCAUUUUGAAUGCCUCGGCUGUCGAAAGAGGAUAUUUCCGCUCUGUGUUUUACCGUUCUUACAAAGAUUCGGAAAACAAACGUAUCGGUGAUCAAGAAGAAAACUUUGAGAAGCCCAACCGACAAACCUGCCAGGGUAUGCGUAAUGCCCAUUAUGACAAAUUGGAUGAUGAUGGUAUUAUUGCCCCAGGCAUUCGUGUAUCCGGUGAUGAUGUCGUCAUUGGCAAAACUAUGACUUUACCCGAAAAUGAUGAUGAACUCGAUAGCACAACAAAACGUUUCACCAAACGAGAUGCUUCGACCUUUUUGCGUAAUUCUGAAACUGGUAUUGUGGAUCAAGUCAUGUUGACGUUGAACAGCGAAGGCUACAAGUUUUGUAAGAUUCGUGUCAGAUCGGUGCGUAUUCCCCAGAUUGGCGAUAAGUUCGCCUCACGUCACGGUCAAAAGGGUACCUGUGGUAUUCAGUAUCGUCAAGAGGAUAUGCCCUUCACAUGCGAAGGUUUGGCUCCCGACAUUAUUAUUAACCCUCACGCCAUUCCAUCUCGUAUGACAAUUGGCCAUUUAAUUGAGUGUUUACAAGGUAAAUUGGGUUCGAAUAAGGGCGAAAUUGGUGAUGCUACACCCUUCAACGAUGCUGUCAACGUACAAAAGAUUUCCACCUUCCUGCAGGAGUACGGCUAUCAUUUGCGUGGCAAUGAGGUUAUGUACAACGGUCAUACAGGUCGUAAAAUUAACGCUCAAGUCUUUUUGGGUCCCACUUACUAUCAACGUCUUAAGCACAUGGUGGACGAUAAAAUUCACUCUCGAGCCAGAGGUCCAGUACAGAUUUUGGUGCGACAACCUAUGGAAGGCAGAGCUCGUGAUGGUGGUCUACGUUUCGGUGAGAUGGAACGUGAUUGUCAGAUAUCUCACGGUGCUGCACAAUUUUUGCGAGAACGUCUAUUCGAAGUCUCCGAUCCAUAUCGUAUUCAUGUGUGCAAUUUCUGCGGGCUAAUUGCCAUUGCUAAUUUGCGUAAUAACACCUUUGAAUGUAAGGGUUGCAAGAAUAAAACACAAAUCUCGCAAGUUCGUUUGCCGUAUGCAGCUAAGUUAUUGUUCCAAGAACUAAUGUCUAUGAAUAUUGCACCACGUUUGAUGGUAGUUUAAGAGGGA